UCAAGAGUUUUCACAAAAUGAAAGGAUCCGAGGUAGUAUUGUUUGUGGGAACCAUCUUCCUUCUUUGGAUGGAAAAUGUUUCUGCCCGAGGGGCCUUUGGUAAACACCACAUAAAGGGAACUUCUGUUCACAAGGGAGAGCGGAAAAUCAUUAUCAAAAAGCAAUCAGCACCUCGGCAAAACUAUCUGACAGGGAUCGACAGCCUACCUGCUGGAAUGACAAGCGUGAAGCAACCUGGCGGUUCCCUACGUGCCGCUGUUGGAGAUGGAGUAACUGACGACACAUCUGCGAUUCAGGCCAUAGUAAACCACGCGAUGAGUUCCAACAUCACAAAGGUUUUCUUCCCUCGUGGUGAAUACCUGGUCAACGGUAAUAUUGCCAUCGCCGACUCAGUGGAACUUUACGGAACGGAGAGUGGUAUGGCAGUUAUCAAAGCCUCGGAUGCAUAUGCCAUAAAAAUACACAAUGCUGUAAGAGUACCAGUAACAAAUGUUGUACUGAGGAAUCUGUAUUUUGACGGAAUUCUUGUAGAAUUUAAAGGUCAAUCUAUAAACAAUAUCACAAUAGAGGGCUGCAUGUUCUUUUCAUCGCAAAGUCCAGGAAAUGCGAGCAAUGCUGAGAAGAACAAACAGUUGAAAAUGGUUGAUCUUCGACAAGGCCGUGUUCUCAGAAAUGUUUUUAUGCGCGAUUCCCAUGCUUAUGGGGUUGCUCUCAGUUUCACCCGUACCGUGGAUGUAAUGCUGUAUAACAACUUGUGUGGUCUCAAAUUAAGUCAGGAUAUGCACUGGUUGUCCAACCCAGUUGGGCUACUAGUGUUCUUUUCGCGUCAAAAAAAUAAAUUAGAAUUCCUUAAAACCCAUUACCAUCUUCAAGACGACCAAGGCUACUUUGAAAGUUGUCUCUAUGAAGAAUGCGACAGUAGAAUGCAAAUCGGGAAAAACGUUUUCAACGGAAGCCCCAAUACUGGACGAAAAAGAGACCACGCUAUAUACCUCAAAGGGUUUAACCACAUGUCAGUAUCAAGCAACUACGUCAGAGGUUGGCCUGCGAAUGGAACGGGUGGCAUUAAAGCUCGAAAUGGCCAAGGUCUUUUUCUUGUGCGGAAUUACGUUGACGGCACCGGAAUACUCCUGUAUUCUCACGAGAACAAUAACAACAAGUCCUGUAUUUAUGUAGGUCUCAAGAACGUUGUAGUCUACGGAAAUCACCUCAGAAUGCAAACCAACCUAAACCAUUCAACAAGUGGCUUAAGAUACCACGAGCCUCAUCGAGUUGGAAGGGAUGAGAACAUCAAAUAUUCUGGCAAUGAAUUUGAGAUCAUAGGUGUCAGUAAUCCGACAUAUUACACUUGCAUUUGGCUGACCAAUGGCGAUACUUCUCAACAUCACGUGUACAGAGACAACAUAUACUUUGGCCGAAGUGACACGGUUAAGAUUGCCGGUCGGGGUGGCCAGGUCCUUGAUCCUGCAGCAUAUCAACAAGGGGACUUCGACCAAAGGAUCAAAGAUAGGUUAAACCGUUAUCCUCUUUACAACCCGAACAUUCCACUCUACUAA